CCAGGCCUUUCCCGGGCUCUUCUCUCCAGCUCUUCCCCCUCAUGACCUGGCUCUGAACCCUGCUCCGCCAUGCACUGCCCCGGCGAGCGCUGCACGCCGCUCCUCCUGCCGGGCCCCAAAUUCAUCCCCGAGCUGCUCCCGCCAUGCCCGGCUCACCCUGAGCCCUUCGCCAACACCUGCCACCCCCUGAGCAUCACCAAGGGCCCGGCGCCGCGCUGGCAGAGCUGUCCCCAAGGUGCCACCGCGAUGUCGCUGCUGCCGUGCCAGCCGCUGGUGCAGAAAUGUCUCCUGCUCUACCCUGAGCCCUGCGAGACCACGCGGCUGCUGCCCCGCCCGAGGGGCUCCGGAAUCCCCCAGACCCUGCCGGCCCCGCAGAGCCCCCGCGGCGCCAAGAAACGCGUGGCCAAGAGCCUCCCGCCAUGCGCUCCGCGCUGCCCCGAGCCGGGCCGGCUGCGCUUCCCCCCGUGCGGCAUCCGCUGCUCCUCGGCGUCGUGCCGCGGCGAGUGCCGCUCGCACAAGGUGGCCACGUGCCUCCCGCGCUGCCCCGAGCUGAGCGGCGGCUACUCGCUGCCGCUGCGAGGUGUCACCGAGUGUCCCCCGCAGCAGAGCGUCACUCGCUCCUUCCUGCAGGAGCAGCUGGCCGGGGUCGACCCGCACCGCUGCUCCAAGGGGUACCCGACGCAGGAAUUUGUCACCUGCUGCUCCUCGGAGCAGCGCCUGAGCAGCGCCACCGCCACCGCCACGCACGGUGUCACCAAGGCCACCAAGGAGUGUCCCCCGCUCCGGGCAGUGGCCAAGGGCUCGCUGCCGCUUGAGGCGACCAAGGGCAGGAGCUGCUCCGCGCAGCACCUGAGCAAGUCCCGCUGUGGCCACCACCACCCCCGGGGCGCCCCGCGGCCCUCCCGGCUGGCCCCGGCCGGGGCCAAGCGCUCCAGCCACUCCAAGAAAAGCCGCUCCGCUUCCAAGUGGCUCUGGUGAGGGAGGGGCGGGAAAAGUCGGGAAUGCCGCGGGAGAUGGAGCCCAGGGUUUGGGGUGAUGCCCAUGGGGUGAUCCCCGCCUUGAGCCCGUGGUUGGGGUGAUCUCCCCACUCCUUGGAGCCCAGUUUUGGGGUGAUUUCCCCUCUCCAUGGAGCCCAGGUUUGGGAUGAUCCUCAUGGGGUGAUUCCCCCUUCCUUGGAGCCCAGGUUUGGGGUGAUUCCCCCUUCCUUGGAGCCCAGGUUUGGGGUUAUCCCCCCUCAACGGAACCCAGGUUUGGUUUGGGGUGAUCCCCCCUGGUUGGAGCCCAAGUUUGGGGUGAUCCCCCCUCCAUGGAGCCCUGGUUUGGUUUGGGGUGAUCACCCCUGGUUGGAGCCCGGGUUUGAUUUGGGGUGAUCCCCCCUAGUUGGAGCCUGGGUUUGGUUUGGGGUGAUUCCCCACUGCCCUUGGAGCCCAGGGUUGGUUUGGGAUGAUCCCCCCUCCAUUCCCAGUCCUGCUCCCCAAGCCUGGUUUCACCCCAUAUUGUACCCAUGUUCCACUCACAGAGCAAAUCUCCCAUUUUAUUCGACCCCAAAUUUGGAUUUUCCAGCACCAGGAAGGUGUUGGGUAGAGGUUGAAGAGCUCUGAACCACUCGAGCCUCACCCCAACACCUUCAUGACAACGUCUGCGCCCUGUUUUUAUGUUGUGGGAUCAGUUUCACUCUGGUUGUACCGCUCACA